AUCCCGCCACCCCCAUACCCCCCCCCCCCCCCCCACUGCUGCACCUGCAGCAGGGGGAUGAAGGAGAAAAGGGGGGGGGGGCGGAGGGGGAUGGUGCUGCAGAUCCCCUCCCCCCACUGCUGCACCCGCAGCAGGGGGAUGGAGGAGAAGGGGGUGGGGGCGGGGGGGGGCUGGUGCUGCAGAUCCUGUUAUAG